GGUAGUUACUAUACUUUCCUCUCUUCUUCUUCAUCGCCGUACGUCGUCUGUCUAAAUCUCUCCCUUCGGAAACUAUGAACAUAUCUGUAAACGGACAGUCGCAGGUUCCUCCUGGGUUCAGAUUCCAUCCGACCGAAGAAGAGCUCUUGCAGUAUUACCUCAGGAAGAAGGUUUCCAACAUCGAGAUCGAUCUCGAUGUCAUCCGCGACGUUGAUCUCAACAAGCUCGAGCCCUGGGAUAUUCAAGAGAGCUGUAAAAUAGGGACGACCCCUCAGAACGACUGGUACUUCUUCAGCCACAAGGACAAGAAAUAUCCGACGGGGACGAGGACGAACCGAGCCACGGCCGCCGGCUUCUGGAAAGCCACCGGCCGAGACAAGAACAUUUGCAGCAACGGACGAAGAAUCGGGAUGAGGAAGACUCUUGUUUUCUACAAAGGACGAGCCCCUCACGGCCAGAAAUCCGAUUGGAUCAUGCACGAAUACCGUCUCCACGACAAUUCUUCCCCUACCGACCCCACCGUUGCGAGUAUUAUAGGGGAAGCAUCGCAGGAAGAAGGAUGGGUGGUUUGUCGUAUUUUCAAGAAGAAGAAUCUCCACAAAACCCUUAACAGCCCCGCCAAAUCUUGCCUUAACGGCGGCGAUGCGGCUGCGAGGACGACACCGUCGCAGAUGUUCAACGAAGAGACCAUCGAGCAAUUUCUCGAAAUCAUGGGGCGAUCUUGUAAAGAAGAACUAAAUAUAGACCCUUCUAUGAAACUCCCCAACCUCGACAGCCCUAGUAGCAACGUCACCACCAGUUACCAGCGUUUGAUGGAAGACCGUGACGGACCAAUCAGCAACUGCCACGUCGGGGCCAUUGACACCAGCUUCGUCACCAGCUGGGCUGCCUUGGACCGCCUGUACUCGACCCCGACCGUUGAUGAAAGCCCCUUCGACGAUCAUCUUGUGUUGCCCACCGUCCGGUCGUCGUUCCCCGGUCUGAACCGGUCCGGUUCAUCCCAAACCGAUCUGGCGCAGGAUUUCGCACCGGAAAUGGAGCUGUGGAGACCGGCCUUUGGGAGAACUACGUCAUCGUUGUCGUCAUCGUCCGACACAUUGUACCACGUGUAG